UGUAAUUAUAGUAGGUAGUUUCCUACUAUUAUUUCCCUUCCUAAUAGCACCGAACUGCUGAUGUAAGUGGCUAUAUAGCCGGAGUGCGUAGAUGGCCAGAAGGACAUGAAUAAAAAUUCUUUUUGCUUCUUUGAUUCACAUAUAUCAAUUAUACGUAAUUGACAUGGUAUCAGAGCACUAAAAUCAAGCUAUGGUCGCCGGUGAUGAAGUGUAUUCCAGCACAUCAAGCAGAUUCGACCACCCAAAGGCUGAAAAGAAGGCUGCCGGACAUGGGAAAGGCUCGUUCAAAGUUGCUGGACACCUGAAACCUGCUGCCAAAGCUCAUGCAGCAGUUGCUGCAACUGGAGGCUAUCAACUUUCCGUUGGGAACGCUGGGGAUAGGCUUGGAGACUACACUCCAUUGCCGGGCUUUACCCCGGAACAAUGGAAAACUUUGGUUUCUGCCCUCGGUAACUCUAAUAUUUCUAAUAGCCGCAUGAACGGUAAGUCCGCUCUCACGGCUUGGAUAAUUAAUACCGGAGCCACAAAUCAUAUUUGUGGCAAUAGGGAAGACCUGUCCCAACUUAAAUCUAUAAGAUCUUGUUCGGUUGGGUUACCGGACGGGCAAAAAGUGUUAGCAACCGAAGAGGGUUGUGUUGAAUUUGCAGGAGGAUUGCGUUUGAAACAUAUCAUGUUCUAUUUGUUCCUCAAAUGACUUGCAACUUGAUAUCUGUAACUCAAUUGAGUGAUGAACUGGAUUGUUUUGUUCAAUUCACAUCUAACUUGUGUGUUAUACAGGACCGAGUCUCGAGGAAGCUGAUUGGAAUGGGUGAGAGGCGGAAUGGACUGUACUAUUUGCGGGAGAUUACUACUGCUCAAGUUUUGACUAUUUCUGGAAGCAAUGAGUUUGACAUUUGGCACAAGAGAAUGGGGCACCCCUCUGUGAGAGUAAUGAAUAAACUUGCUCCAAUGCGUGAUUUCAAUAAAUCUCUCUCUUCUUCGUGUGAUGUUUGUUUUCGUGCUAAACAAAGUAAGGAGUCUUUUCCUGACAGUACGAAUAAGACUAGCAAUAUUUUUGAAUUAGUGCAUUGUGAUUUAUGGGGUCCUUAUAAUACUGCUUCCUCUUGUGGUGCAAAAUUAUUUUUGACUAUAGUAGAUGAAUUUUCCCGUGCCGUGUGGAUUUAUUUGCUGAAGGAUAAACGAGAAGUAUUUACUAUGUUUAUGUCUUUCAUUGCAAUGGUGGAAAGACAAUUUUCUAAAAAGGUUUUUAUUAUCCGGAGUGACAACGGUACAGAAUUUAAUUGUUUAAAAGAAUUUUUCUGGACUAGUGGUAUUAUUUUUCAGACCUCUUGUGUUGCCACACCUCAACAAAACGGGUGUGUUGAACGUAAGCAUCAGCACAUCUUGAAUGUAGCCCGUGCAUUGCAGUUUCAGGCUCAUCUUCUGAUCAAGUUUUGGGGGGAAUGCAUUUUAAUGGCUGCUCAUUUAAUUAAUCGGACUCCUGCCUCUGUGCUCCAAUUUCGCACACCUUAUGAACUACUUUUUGGGUCGCCACCAUCUUAUACAUCUUUGAGAAUUUUUGGUUGUCUUUGCUAUGCUUACAAUCUUAAAUCCAAGGGUGACAAAUUUACUAGCCGAAGCCGGAAAUGCAUUUUUGUUGGAUAUGUUUUUGGAAAAAAAGGUUGGAAUUUGUAUGAUCUGGAUACUUGUGAAUUUUUUGUGUCACGAGAUGUAAAGUUCUCUGAAGACAUCUUUCCUUUUGCUGAUGAUUCUCUGGAUGCGCCUGAGCUGAUUCCCGAAAAUGGGGAAGACUUGUUAGUGGCUUCGUAUGAUGAUCAAUAUGUUACUAAUUCUGCUCCAGCACCUGUUACUCCAGUGGACAUCUCUACGCCGGAAUCACCACAUCCGGUUGCAUCUGUACUGGAUCCACCACCUGAUCCGCUGGUUGAAGUUGUGGGAAGAGGGCAUCGGGUCAAACACCCAUAUGUUCGUUUAAAGGAUUAUGUUACUCAUACAGUGCAAAAGUACAGUUCCAUCCCCUCCUCUGCCACUCCGGCUGCUUCCUCAGGUACUCUGUUUCCUAUUUCACAUUAUGUUAGUUGUGAUAAUUUUUCCUCUUCCCAUCGGACAUUUCUUGCAGCUAUUUCUUCCCGGAGUGAACCUCAAACUUUUAAAGAGGCUGUUGCCGAUCCUGGGUGGCGGCCGGCCAUGCGUGACGAAAUCUAGGCUCUUGAAAAAAAUUCCACGUGGUCUUUGGUCACUCUUCCACCUGGAAAACGUGCUUUAGGUUGCCGCUGGGUCUAUAAAAUAAAAUACAAAUCUGAUGGGAGCGUGGAACGCCUGAAGGCUCGUUUGGUUGUUUUUGGUAAUCGUCAGGUGGCUGGUCUGGACUAUACGGAAACUUUUGCUCAUGUGGCCAAAAUGGUAACUGUGCGGGCUUUCCUUGCUAUUGCUGCUUGUAAAAAUUGGGAGUUGCAUCAGAUGGAUGUCCACAAUGCAUUUCUUCAUGGGGACCUUCAGGAGGAGGUAUAUAUGACUAUUCCUCCUGGCUAUUCGACCACGGACGCCACCUUGGUAUGUCGUCUCCAUAAAUCACUAUAUGGUUCAAAGCAAGCACCACGGUGUUGGUUUGCUAAGCUAGUGGCGGCCUUGAAAGGUUAUGGAUUCUCACAAUCUUUUGCUGAUUAUUCUCUCUUCACAAGAACACGGGGUACUUUUCAAUUGAACGUUCUUGUGUAUGUAGACGAUCUUAUUAUUUGAGGGAAUAAUUCAGAGGAAAUUGCUUUGUUUAAACAAUACUUGGGUGAUUGUUUUCACAUGAAAGAGUUGGGCAAACUCAAAUUCUUUCUGGGUAUUGAGGUUGCUCGGAGUGCUUCUGGUCUAUUUCUCACUCAGCGCAAGUACGCUCUUGAUAUUAUUUCUGAAACAAGUUUGCUUAGGGCCAAACCUGCGACAUUUCCCAUUGAACAAAAUCAUGAUUUGGCUCAUGCUUCAGGACCCCUACUCUCGGAUCCAAACACCUACCGUCGGCUGAUGGGGCGUCUUAUCUAUUUGGCAGUCACACGCCCUGAUCUUGCUUAUGCAGUCCAUAUUUUGUCUCAAUUCUUGCAGGCUCCACGCCUUGAACAUUGGCAGGCUGCUCUUCGUGUUGUUCGAUACCUUAAAGGUUCCCCAGGUCAAGGAAUCUUACUUCGAUCAGAUGGUGAUCUUACUCUUACAGGUUGGUGUGAUUCUGAUUGGGCUGCUUGUCCCCUCACUCGCAAGUCUCUUUCCUGCUGGUUGGUGUUUCUCGGACAUUCUCCCGUCUCGUGGAAAACCAAGAAACAAACCACGGUAGCCGUUCCUCUGCUGAAGCUGAAUACCGCUCCAUGGCAGCAGCUACCUGUGAACUGAAGUGGCUUAAAGCCUUGCUUCUUAGCCUGGGAAUCAAUCACUCACAAGCUAUCCCUCUUUAUUGUGACAGCCAGUCCGCUCUUCACAUUGCUCGCAAUCCGGUUUUCCAUGAACGCACUAAACAUAUUGAGGUUGAUUGUCACUUCGUUCGCAAUGCCAUCCAAGACAAUCUAAUUGCUCCGAGUUACGUUCCUACUACAAUACAACUUGCUGAUAUUUUCACCAAGGCUUUGGGCAAGACACAGUUCCAUUUUCUACUGCGCAAGUUGGGCAUUCUUGAUCCUCAUGCUCCAACUUGAGGGGGGUAUUACGUAUAUAAUAUUAUUAGGGAGGCUUAUCUUUAUUUUUGGUAACAAAAUUAUGUAUUGUAAUUAUAGUAGGUAGUUUCCUACUAUUAUUUCCCUUCCUAAUAGCACCGAACUGCUGAUGUAAGUGGCUAUAUAGCCGGAGUGCGUAGAUGGCCAGAAGGACA